AUGCUAAGAUCUCUUACUGACUUAGAGUUGUCUACAAACAAUAUCAAUGGUUCAAUUCCUACUUCUUUAUGUAAUUUAAGCAACCUAGACACCUUGUACCUUUUUGAAAAUCAACUUUCCGGUUCAAUUCCUAAAGAAAUCAGGAAACUAAAUUCUCUCAUGGACCUUGAAUUGUCGACAAACUAUCUGGCUGGUCCAAUCCCUUCUUCUAUAUGCAAUCUUAGCAAACUCAACACUUUGUAUCUCGAGGAAAAUCAAUUGUCUGGCAUUAUUCCUGUUGAUAUUGCAAGGCUAAGCUCCCUUUCUGACUUUCGAAUACAGGAAAACAAUCUUGUUGGUCAGAUCCCUGCUUAUUUAUGUAAUUCGACAGUUGGAAUGUUACAAAAACUCAAUCUAUAUAAUAAUCAGCUUUCCGGACCAAUACCCAAACAACUUGGAGAAUGUUCAAAUCUACUCGAACUGGAUUUGAGUACAAACAAUUUGAAUGGAAGCAUUCCACUUGAGAUUGGAGGCUUGAUUUCAAUACAAAUCAAACUGGAUCUUAGUCAAAAUGAGUUGACUGGAGAAAUACCAUCAGACUUCGGAAAACUAAACAAACUGAUUCAAUUAAAUUUGUCCCACAACAAACUUUCGGGUUCAAUCCCACCUUCAUUUGUUGAAAUGCUUAGCUUGACCACUGUCGAUAUUUCGUACAAUCAGUUAAGUGGUCCUAUUCCAAACAUCAAGGAUGCUCCCUUUCAUGCAUUGAAGAACAACAGUGGUUUAUGUGGUAAUCACUCUGGAGGUAUUAAGCCAUGUAACUCGUCAGUUAUCAUCGGAAGAAAGAAAGCCAAACCAAGACUUGCUGUGAUAAUUUUAGUUCCUCUGUUUGGUUCGUUGUUUCUUUUGUUCACAUUUUUUGCUAUCUAUUUUUGCUUGCGAAAAAGACUAGUUGUAAAAAAUCUCGAGCAGGCAGAUCAACCAACAACUGUAAACACAAGAAGAAACAUAUUCUCGAUAGAGAAUUAUGAUGGGAAGCUGGUGUUUGAAGAAAUAAUUGAAGCAACGGAAAACUUUGAUACCAAAUAUUGCAUUGGAGCGGGAGGAUAUGGGAGCGUCUACAAGGCGAAGCUAUCGACAGGUCAGGUUGUUUCUGUGAAGAAGCUUCACUCGUCAGAUGAAGAUUCUGAAACACUUGAUCUUAAAUCUUUUGAAAGCGAAAGAGGGGGAGUUUGA